AUGUCGGACUCAAGCGUCGUGCGCAAGCCGGACAGCGGAGUUGGCCACUUUUCAGAAUGGUCCAGACAGACCAAAAAGGAGUUUCUAAUGGAAUGGCAAGAAGACAAGGCGCACGAAUGGAUCUUCGUGAUGGGCAACGAAGCGGGCGACCUUGACAGCGUCACUUCCGCUUUAUCGUGGGCGUACCACUUGGAGCACAAGUCGCAAAACGAUUCGGAUCCGAUGAAGGUCGUUGCAUUACUCCAGACACCCUCCGAUCAGCUCGAUCUCCGUCCCGAGAAUAGCCUUGCUUUGGCCGACUCGAAGAUGUCCCCUGAGCAUCGUGACUUGCUGACCAUCAACGAGCUUCCGGAAGAUGUCGAAACGCUAAGCCGCAAAAUCAAAGGCAUCAUCCUGGUCGAUCAUCCCGCGCCGCUGCGUAGAUGGGAGGAUGCUACUGUGCUUGGAAUCAUAGACCACCACGAAGAUGCAGGAGCUGCUCCAGACGCGCCCCUUCGCAUCUUCGAAAAGACAGCAAGCUGUACUACUAUUGUGGCACGCGAGAUGCUCGAUGAACUGGAAGAAAUGGACCAAGAGUAUCAUAUGCCGCAUGAGUUGUUGCAGCUUAUGCUCGGCGCCAUUGCCAUCGACUCCGACGGCCUCAAUCCCAAGAAAAGCAUCGACACAGACAAAACCACUUCGGAGCGUAUAAUCAAGCGCAGCCGCUGGAAUGACAAGGAUCUAAUGGACGUCAUGGAUGACCUCGAUGACAAGCUCGGUGAUGCUAAGAAAGACCUCGACCAUCUAGGGGUUCGGGAUCUGCUCAGAAGGGACUGGAAGAACCUCUUCGUCGACACGCCCUCCCCGCGGACACCCACGGUCCGCCUCGGCCUUGCUUCUAUUCCUAUUGGAAUGGACGAACAGAUCAAGCGAACCGAGUGGGAGCAAGUCUUCAACUGGUUUGUGAUUCACGCAGCAUGGACGGCAGAAGUCAGCGUAGACAUCAGCGUUUCUUUGAGCAAGUACAAAAUCAAAGACCCCGAGACGGGCAAGAAGAAGAAGAUUCGUGAGAUCGUUCUCGCUGUGCGAGACGAUAUUCGCGUGGAUGAAGACCAGGCUGAUGAGCUGUUCGAUGUUGUGUACAAGGCGAUUGAGCAGGAUGAGAAACUUAACGUCAAGCCAUGGCAUGCAAAUCAGAAGCUUAGGAAGAGACAGAUGGUAUGGACGCAUGAGUAUUCGGAUGGGGGGAGGAAGUAUGUCCAGCCGCUUGUUGAGAAGGCUGUGCUAGGGUGGAAGUAG